CGCAGAAGAUCUUUAAUUCUUUUUUUUUUUUUUUGUAUAAACAUUUCUCCCUUGUUUCCGGCAUUUCGAUUCUUCCCACGCUUCUGUCCGAUGUUCCAACUUCCCGAUCUCAAGAACAAGAAAAGCUGAAUCAUACGAUCUACAUUUGGGGGAUAGUGAACAUUGUGGAUUUUCAGAAAGUUUUUUGUUGGUAGUUUCAAUUGGGGCGCAUGGAAUCACCAGUCUUACUAGUUGGUGGUUCAAGAAGCACAUCUGUUGUUGUGGUUACGUCGGACAUUGGUGAAGUUUAUAUUGUUGUUAGCUUGUCUACAAGGAUUGACACCCAGGUGAUUUAUGUUGAUCCGACAACUGGGGUACUGUGCUAUCAAGGGAAGUUUGGUUUUGAUGUUUUUAGUUCUGAGAAUGAAGCUUUAGAUUAUGUUACCAGUGGAUUGCCCUGGCAGUGUAAGAGUAAAAUCCAUGCCAGGGCAAUAUUGGGUUAUGCCGCCUUGGGAAGCUAUGGGUUACUUCUUGUUGCUACAAAGUUAGCUGCUAGUAUUCCCUAUUUGCCUGGUGGGGGGUGUGUGUUUACAGUCACGGAGAGUCAAUGGAUCAAAAUACCACUUCAGAAUCCUCAACCUCAGGGUAAAGGAGAAGUAAAGAAUGUACUAGAAUUGGCUGAGCUUGACAUUGAUGGGAAGCACUACUUUUGUGAGACAAGAGACGUCACUCGACCUUUUCCAAGUCGCAUGUCCCUGCUCAGCCCUGAUGACGAAUUUGUUUGGAAUGGAUGGCUUUCAACGCCUUUUAAAAACAUUGGGUUGACAAGACACUGUGUCAUUCUUCUGCAGGGGUUUGCAGAAUGUCGAAGUUUUGGUAGUUCAGGUCAGGUUGAAGGGAUUGUUGCUCUCUUAGCUCGUCGAAGUAGGCUGCAUCCUGGUACUCGAUACUUGGCUAGGGGUAUAAAUUCAUGUUUUAGCACAGGAAACGAAGUAGAGUGCGAACAACUUGUAUGGGUGCCUAAAAGAGCUGGUCAGAGCAUUCCUUUUAAUACAUACAUUUGGCGACGGGGCACAAUACCAAUCUGGUGGGGUGCAGAACUAAAGAUCACUGCUGCUGAAGCAGAAAUUUAUGUAUCAGAUCAGGAUCCUUAUAAAGGAAGCUCACAGUAUUAUCAAAGAUUAAGUAAACGAUAUGAUGCUCGUAACUUAGAUGUUGGUAUUGGGGAAAAUGAGAAGAAAAAGGCUUUUGUUCCAAUUGUAUGUGUUAACUUGCUUCGAAAUGGAGAAGGAAGGUCUGAAUGCAUUUUAGUACAGCAUUUUGUGGAAUCACUAAACCAUAUUAGAUCCACUGGAAAACUUCCUCAUACACGAAUUCAUUUAAUAAAUUAUGACUGGCAUGCCCGCAUAAAGUUACAAGGUGAACAACAAACAAUUGAAGAAUUGUGGAAGCUUCUAAAAACACCCACCCUGGCUAUAGGCAUUUCUGAAGGUGAUUAUUUGCCUUCGCGACAGCGACUUAAGGACUGCAGAGGUGAAAUCAUCUACACUGAUCACUUUGAAGGGGCAUUCUGCUUAAGAUCCCAUCAAAAUGGUGUGUUACGUUUCAAUUGUGCAGAUUCUUUGGAUAGAACCAAUGCUGCUAGUUACUUUGGGGCACUCCAAGUGUUUGUUGAGCAGUGUAGGCGGCUUGGGAUAUCUCUUGAUAGUGAUUUGGCAUAUGGUUACCAGUCAAUUAAUAACCAUGGGGGGUAUACUGCACCACUCCCACCUGGCUGGGAGAAACGAUCUGAUGCAGUGACAGGGAAAACUUAUUAUAUUGAUCACAAUACAAGGACCACAACAUGGAAUCAUCCAUGCCCAGACAAACCAUGGAAGAGAUUUGACAUGACAUUUGAGGAGUUCAAGAGAUCAACAAUUUUAUCACCUGUAUCUCAGCUAGCAGAUCUUUUCCUGCUUGCUGGUGAUAUUCAUGCAACACUGUAUACAGGUUCCAAAGCCAUGCAUAGCCAAAUUCUAAGCAUUUUUAAUGAAGAAGCAGGAAAAUUCAAGCAGUUUUCUGCAGCACAAAAUAUGAAAAUAACUCUUCAAAGGAGAUAUAAAAAUGCACUUGUGGAUAGUUCUCGUCAAAAGCAGUUGGAGAUGUUCCUUGGAAUAAGGCUCUUCAAGCAUCUUCCAUCUGUUUCAGUUCAACCUCUGCAUGUACUUUCUCGACCACCUGGUUUCCUUCUUAAGCCAGUCGGCAGUAUGUUCCGCACUUCUAAUGGUGGAGCCAGUCUACUGAGUUUCAAGAAAAAGGAUCUAGUCUGGGUUUGUCCCCAAGCUGCUGAUGUUGUUGAACUUUUUAUCUAUCUUGGUGAACCCUGCCAUGUCUGCCAGCUGCUACUCACAGUUUCCCAUGGCGCCGAUGAUUCAACUUUUCCUUCAACUGUUGAUGUGAGGACAGGGCGCAACCUAGAUGGGCUUAAAUUGGUUGUCGAGGGGGCCUUCAUACCCCAGUGUGGAAAUGGGACAAAUCUUCUGAUUCCCUUACCAGGCCCAAUUAGUGCAGAGGACAUGGCUGUCACUGGAGCUGGUGCACGCCUUCAUGAUCAAGUUACAUCUCCUAUAUCAUUAUUGUAUGAUUUUGAAGAAUUAGAGGGAGAAUUGGACUUUCUUACCCGUGUAGUGGCCCUUACAUUUUAUCCUGCUGCUUCUGGAAGUCCUAUGACUCUUGGUGAGGUAGAAAUCCUUGGAGUUUCUCUCCCCUGGAAUGGAGUAUUUGGUAAUGAAGGGCAUGGUGCCAGACUAACUGAGCUUGCUAAGAAAUUUCAAAAGGAAACCAAUCCUUUUUUGUCUGGUUCAGACACAAACCCAUUUUCUUGCACUUCUCUAUCCAAUGAAACCGUGUCAACAUCAGCAAAACAGGGUUCUGCCAAUGAUUUGGUUGACCUAUUAACUGGCGGUGAUGUGUUUUCUGAAUCUGCCUCUCAGCCUAUGACAGCAAAUGCAGCUUAUGACAGAGGUGAGUUGCUUGAUUUUCUGGACCAAGCUGUUGUUGACUACCAUGCCCCUGAAAUCGAUCAUAAAUCCUCUACAUCGAAGGAUGGGAGGCCUCAAGAGAGUAGUGCCCAGAAGUACAUUAACUGUCUAAAAUCCCUUGCAGGGCCACAUUUGGAAAGAAAGCUAGACUUCCUUGAAGCAAUGAACUUGGAAAUUGAACGUUUCCAGCUGAAUCUUUCUGCAGCUGAAAGAGAUAGAGCUUUGUUGUCAAUUGGAACUGAUCCGGCUACUGUAAAUCCAAAUCUUUUACUUGAUGAAUCAUACAUGGGAAGAUUGUGCAGGGUAGCGAGCACCCUUGCAUCGCUUGGGCAAGCUGCUCUUGAGGACAAGAUUAAUGGUGCUAUUGGUCUUGGGAAGAUUGAGAAUAGUGUUAUAGAUUUUUGGAACAUUAGUAGAAUUAGGGAGAACUGUUAUGGUGGCAUGUGUGAAGUGCGUGCUGAGACUAGUGAAGUGCGUGCUGAGACUAAGGCAACUGUAUCUGCUUCCUCAAUGGUGUCGUCUACAGAAGGUUCAAAAUCUGUCUUCUUGUGUUCUCAAUGUGAGAGAAAGGCUUGUAGAGUUUGUUGUGCGGGAAGAGGAGCCCUUCUUCUGCCAAAUUAUACAAGGGAGGCAACAAAUUAUAAUGGCUUGUCAAGUCAGGGUGGAUCAAGUCAUGGUAGCCAAGUUGAUCUCUCUACAAAUCGUUCAGUGACACUGGACAGUGUUAUUUGCAAGCAGUGCUGCCAUGAGAUAAUUCUUGAUGCAUUGAGCUUGGACUAUGUUAGGGUCUUGAUUAGCUCACGAAGAAGAGCCCUUGCUGAUAGUGCAGCAUAUACAGCUUUGGAUGAGGUUAUAGGGUCCUCAUUCCUGGAUGGCCUUUCUGACAGGAAUCAGUCCUCUGAUAAUCAGCGAGCUGUAAAAGUUCUGAAACAAUUACUUGCCGGGCAGGAAUCACUUGCUGAGUUUCCAUCUGCCACCUUUCUACAUUCGGUUGAGACAGCUACAGAUUCAGCACCAUUCUUGUCGUUACUCACUCCAUUGGAUUCUGGAUCACGACACUCAUAUUGGAAGGCUCCCCCUAACACUACAUCUGUUGAAUUUGUUAUUGUUCUUGGCACUUCUUCAGAUGUCAGUGGAGUCAUAUUGCUUGUUAGUCCAUGUGGUUAUUCUGAAGCUGAUGCUCCCACAGUGCAAAUUUGGGCAAGCAAUAAAAUAGACAGGGAAGAAAGGUCCUGUGUAGGAAAAUGGGAUGUCCAGUCCCUGAUUACCUCUUCACCGGAAUUUUAUGGACCUGAAAGGUCAGCUAGAGAGGAUAAGUUGCCUCGGCAUAUAAAAUUUACUUUCAAGAAUUCAGUUAGAUGUCGCAUUGUUUGGAUAACACUACGCCUGCAGCGGCCAGGUUCAAGCUCUGUUAAUUUUGAUAAAGAUUUUAAUUUCUUGUCUCUGGAUGAAAAUCCUUUUGCGCAAGAAACUCGACGUGCCUCUUUUGGAGGAGCAAUCGAAAGUGAUCCAUACCUUCAUGCCAAACGAAUAGUGAUAGCUGGAAGCCCUGUGAGAAACGAUAUGGGACUUACAUCGUUGCAAAGCACUGACCAAAUGAAUUAUAAAAACUGGUUGGACCAAGCUCCCCAAUUAAAUAGAUUCAAGGUUCCAAUUGAGGUUGAGAGGCUAAUGAACAACGAUCUGGUCUUGGAGCAGUACCUGCCUCCAUCUUCACCAUUGCUUGCUGGAUUCCGACUGGAUGCUUUCAACGCAAUAAAGCCUCGAAUUACCCAUUCACCAUCUUCAGAUGUAGAUAUCUGGGAUACAUCAAUAACAUUUUUAGAAGACAGACAGAUCUCCCCAGCUGUGCUAUAUAUUCAAGUAUCUGCACUCCAGGAAGGAUACAACAUGGUGUCUGUUGCGGAAUACAGAUUGCCAGAGGCCAAACCAGGAACAGCUAUGUACUUUGAUUUCCCUAGCCAACUACAAACUCGCAGAAUCUCUUUCAAACUUCUCGGAGAUGUUGCAGCGUUCAUGGACGAUCCAGCGGAGCAGGAUGAUUCGAAUUUUAGAGCUCCACCUGUUGCUGCAGGCUUGUCUCUGUCAAAUAGAAUCAAGCUGUAUUACUAUGCUGAUCCUUACGAUCUUGGGAAGUGGGCUAGCCUUUCUGCAGUUUGACAUUAGUUUAACGGCUUUAAAGGUUGAUUUUGUUUCUCUGUGCUCAUUUUCAUAUUCAUAUAAUUUUUUUUGUUGUUGUAUAGUAUUAGCAUUAACUGUAUUACAUCCAUUGGUGUAAUAAUUAUAUGAGCCUUGAGAAAUUUUAAUGCUGUAUCUUUCUGUUGCUAUUCAUAGAUAGUAAACUUUUAAUUUUUAAUUAUUCAAAACCAUCAUUGGUUCUUGAGUGGAAA